AUGAGGCGGCCCGGAGCAGCAUAUUCAGUUGCCCGGAAACAUCACAAACAAGAGAUUCAGCUGAGUUCCAGUAUUUGCUUGGAUAUGAGCAACGGUCAGUGUUUAUCCAGGAAAGUUCAGGAAGAUGCUUUCAAGAAUCUAAUCAUUGCUGGGAAGGCAAGUAGCACUGUGCAAUUUUUUACUCCCGCUGAACACCAUCAGAAAUACGCAUCUCACAAACUUCGGAGCUUCGAACCUGCAAGCUUCCGGCCAGUGACUGAUACGCAGCUGUUCGGCUACAAUCAGCUUAUCAGCAGAGUGAUAAGCCCCCCACCAGAUAGCACAUAA